AUGCUCUUCCAAUCCGUCUUCACCACCGCCGUGCUCUUCGUAGCCUCCACCAUUGCCCUCCCUACCGAUCUUGAGUCUCGCCAGUCAGCAACUACUUGCGGCAGCACCAGUUACACCGCCGCACAGGUCCGCUCAGCCGUCAGCGCUGGAUAUGGUGACUACCAAGCCGGUCGCACCUACGGCAGCAACAGCUACCCCCACAAGUACAACAACUACGAAGGCUUCGACUUCCCCGUCGCGGGUCCUUAUGAGGAGUUCCCCUUGAAGACUAGUGGUGUUUUCACCGGUGGCUCUCCUGGCGCAGACAGAGUCAUCUUCAACACCAAGGGUGUCUGGGCUGGCACCGUCACCCAUACCGGAGCCUCUGGAAACGACUUUGUCGGUUGCACUGGUACUUCCUAG